CGCAGUGGAUCCUAGGUCUCCAGGGCCCACUAAGGUGAGCAUAAGGCCCUUUCAGCCCAGAACUGCUCAGCAGCCAUGGAUAUGGCCUACGAGCUACCCAACGGGAGCCAGACAUGGCUGUCCUCUCCAUUUGAUCCCAAUGACUCAGUGGCGGCGGCCAACCGCUCAAACCAGACAGAGCCGUACUAUGACAUGACGAGCAAUGCAGUCCUCACGUUCAUCUACUUUGUGGUCUGCAUCGUGGGGCUGUGCGGUAACACACUCGUCAUUUAUGUCAUCCUGCGCUACGCCAAGAUGAAGACCAUCACCAACAUCUAUAUCCUCAACUUGGCCAUCGCAGACGAGCUCUUCAUGCUGGGCCUGCCCUUCCUGGCCAUGCAGGUGGCUCUGGUCCACUGGCCCUUUGGCAAGGCCAUCUGCCGGGUGGUCAUGACUGUGGACGGCAUCAACCAGUUCACCAGUAUUUUCUGCUUGACGGUCAUGAGCAUCGACCGUUACCUGGCUGUGGUACAUCCCAUCAAGUCGGCCAAGUGGAGGAGGCCCCGGACGGCCAAGAUGAUCAACGUGGCUGUGUGGGGUGUCUCUCUGCUGGUCAUCUUGCCUAUCAUGAUCUAUGCCGGCCUUCGGAGCAACCAGUGGGGGAGAAGCAGCUGCACCAUCAACUGGCCAGGUGAAUCUGGGGCAUGGUACACAGGCUUCAUCAUCUAUGCCUUCAUCUUGGGAUUCCUGGUCCCCCUCACCAUCAUCUGUCUUUGCUACCUGCUCAUCAUCAUCAAAGUCAAGUCCUCUGGAAUCCGAGUGGGUUCCUCCAAGAGGAAGAAGUCUGAGAAGAAGGUCACCCGUAUGGUGUCCAUCGUGGUGGCUGUCUUCAUUUUCUGCUGGCUUCCCUUCUACAUUUUCAACGUCUCUUCUGUCUCGGUGGCCAUCAAUCCCACUCCGGCCCUUAAAGGCAUGUUUGACUUCGUGGUGGUCCUCACCUAUGCCAACAGCUGUGCCAACCCUAUCCUCUAUGCCUUCUUGUCUGACAACUUCAAGAAGAGCUUCCAGAAUGUCCUCUGCUUGGUCAAAGUGAGCGGCACAGAUGAUGGCGAACGGAGCGACAGCAAGCAGGACAAAUCCCGGCUGAAUGAGACCACAGAGACCCAGAGGACUCUCCUCAACGGAGACCUCCAAACCAGUAUCUGACCCGCCGUGGGGGAGAGCAAAAUAAACAAGCCAGGCCGAGCUCUACCGGCCUGCAGUGGGCU